CGAGCCCUAGGGCUGCGGCGACUGCCUCCGCGCGACCCGGAGGGCCCAGUUUGGACGCGGGGAGCCCGGGCUGCCCGCGCCUCUGGCCCGACGGAGCCCAGCGCGAGCGUCUUGUGCCGGAGCCAGGCGGGGGCCAGGAUGCGGAGCUGUGCGCCUUGAGCUGGCUCCAUGACCCUGAGUACGCUGGCCCGCGAGAGGAAGGCGUCCCCCGCCUGCGCCUGCACCUGCAGCCUCGGUGGCCCCGACAUGAUCCCUUACUUCUCCGCCAAUGCGGUCAUCUCGCAGAAUGCCAUCAACCAGCUCAUCAGCGAGAGCUUUCUAACUGUCAAAGGUGCUGCCCUUUUUCUACCACGGGGAAAUGGCUCAUCCACACCAAGAAUUAGCCACAGACGCAACAAGCAUGCAGGUGAUCUCCAACAGCAUCUCCAAGCAAUGUUCAUAUUACUCCGCCCAGAAGAUAACAUCAGGCUGGCUGUAAGACUAGAAAGUACUUACCAGAACAGAACACGCUAUAUGGUAGUGGUUUCAACCAAUGGUAGACAAGACACUGAAGAAAGCAUCGUCCUGGGAAUGGAUUUCUCCUCUAAUGACAGUAGCACUUGUACCAUGGGCUUAGUCCUGCCCCUCUGGAGUGAUACCCUAAUUCAUUUGGAUGGUGAUGGUGGGUUCAGUGUAUCAACGGAUAACAGAGUGCACAUAUUCAAACCUGUAUCUGUACAGGCAAUGUGGUCUGCACUACAGAGUUUACACAAGGCUUGUGAAGUGGCCAGAAUGCAUAACUACUACCCGGGCAGCCUGUUUCUCACCUGGGUGAGUUAUUACGAGAGCCACAUCAACUCAGAUCAGUCAUCAGUCAAUGAAUGGAAUGCUAUGCAGGAUGUGCAGUCCCACCGGCCUGACUCUCCAGCUCUCUUCACAGACAUACCAACUGAACGUGAGCGAACAGAGAGAUUAAUUAAAACCAAAUUAAGGGAGAUAAUGAUGCAGAAGGAUUUGGAGAAUAUCACAUCCAAAGAGAUACGAACUGAGUUGGAAAUGCAAAUGGUGUGCAACUUACGAGAAUUCAAGGAAUUUAUAGAUAAUGAAAUGAUAGUGAUCCUUGGUCAAAUGGAUAGCCCUACCCAGAUAUUUGAGCACGUUUUCUUGGGCUCAGAAUGGAAUGCCUCUAAUCUAGAGGAUUUACAGAACCGAGGGGUGCGGUAUAUCUUGAAUGUCACUCGAGAGAUAGAUAACUUCUUCCCAGGAGUCUUUGAGUAUCAUAACAUCCGAGUAUAUGAUGAAGAAGCAACAGAUCUCCUGGCUUACUGGAAUGACACUUACAAAUUCAUCUCUAAAGCAAAGAAACAUGGAUCUAAAUGCCUUGUGCACUGCAAAAUGGGGGUGAGUCGCUCAGCCUCCACUGUGAUUGCCUAUGCAAUGAAGGAAUAUGGCUGGAAUCUGGACCGGGCCUAUGACUACGUGAAGGAAAGGCGGACAGUGACCAAGCCCAACCCCAGCUUCAUGAGACAACUGGAAGAGUACCAGGGGAUCUUGCUGGCAAGCAAACAGCGGCAUAACAAGCUCUGGAGAUCUCAUUCAGAUAGCGACCUCUCAGACCACCAUGAACCCAUCUGCAAACCAGGGCUAGAACUCAACAAGAAGGAGAUCACCACCUCAGCAGACCAGAUUGCUGAGGUGAAGACCAUGGAGAAUCACCCACCCAUACCUCCCGUCUUUGUGGAACACGUCGUCCCACAAGAUGAAAAUCAGAAGGGCCUAUGUACCAAAGAAAGAAUGAUCUGCUUGGAGUUUACUUCUAGGGAAUUUCAUGCUGGACAGAUUGAAGAUGAAUUAAACCUAAAUGACAUCAAUGGAUGCUCAUCAGGGUGUUGUCUCAAUGAAUCAAAAUUCCCUCUUGACAACUGCCAUGCAUCCAAAGCCUUAAUCCAACCUGGACAGGCCCCAGAAAUUGCCAACAAGUUCCCAGACUUAACAGUAGAAGAUCUGGAGACAGAUGCCCUGAAAGCAGAUGUGAACGUGCACUUACUGCCUCUGGAAGAAUUAACAUCUCGCCUGAAGGACCUUCCCAUGUCCCCUGAUCCUGAAUCACCAAGCCCCCAACCCAGUUGCCAGGCUGAAGUCUCAGAUUUCAGUACGGAUCGCAUUGAUUUUUUUAGCGCCCUGGAAAAGUUUGUAGAGCUUUCCCAAGAAACCCGAUCCCGAUCUUUUUCCCACUCAAGGAUGGAAGAACUGGGUGGAGGAAGGAGUGAGAGCUGUCGACUGUCAGUGAUGGAAGUAGCCCCUUCCGAAGGGACAGCUGAUGACCAGAGAAGCAGCUCUUUGAGUAAUACUCCCCAUGCAUCUGAAGAAUCUUCAAUAGAUGAGGAACAGUCAAAGGCAAUCUCAGAACUGGUAAGCCCAGACAUCUUCAUGCAAUCUCACUCAGAAAAUGCAAUUUCAGUCAAAGAAAUCGUUACUGAGAUUGAAUCCAUCAGUCAAGGAGUCGGACAGAUUCAACUGAAAGGAGACAUCCUGUCUAACCCAUGCCAUACGCCAAAGAAGCAUACCAUCCAUGAGCUGCCCCUUGAGAGAGCCCAGGCCCUGGAGAACAAACCUGGAAAUCUGGAGCAUAGUGAGGGUUCCUACACAGCCCAGCCUGAACUAGCCAAAGACUCAGGGAAGUGGGACCUAGAAGGCUGCCUAACCACACACUCAUCCACUGCAGAGCUGGAAGACGAGGAACCAGCUGAGGAGGAACAAGAACUUUGGGGCCCUGGAAUGCACCCAGGUGCCAAGUGGUACCCUGGGUCCGUGAGGCGAGCCACCUUGGAGUUUGAAGAGCGCUUGCGACAGGAGCAAGAGCACCAUGGUACCGCGCCUGGUUGUGCCUCAUUGUCCAUUCGCAAGAAUUCCAAGAAUGAUUUCUCUGUGGCAGACCUAGCACCAAAAGGGAAGAGUGAUGAAGCUAGCCUUGAACUUUGUUUUGUCCCCAAGGAACCAGAGAUUAACAAGGGCAAAGGGAAGUGCAGUGGGUCCGAAGCUGGCUCACUACCCCAGUCUGAGCAAGUAGCCAUUGGUCCAGCACCUGAGCUGCUGCAGUUUCAAGAGCGCCCAGGGUCAGACACUAGAACAAAGCAGGAAGGAGUCCUGAAGGAGCAGAGGACUGUGGUUUCGUGCCAGGGAUCUGAGACACAGGCAGCCCCUCUCUCCCUUCCCAAGAAGGUGGAAAUCAUUGAGUAUCCCCACGCAGUUCCAUCCCCCAAUCAUCCUGGGCCAGGGGGUGAAAGAGCCACCAGCAUAAAGAGUGGGGAACAGGGACUGAGGAAAGCAAAAGUAGAGGACUCCGUCCCCAUCCUCUGUGCACUGGAUGAAAAUCUGAACAGGACUCUGGGCCCCACCCAGGCUCCUCUGCACCCCAACGUGCUACCUCUGCCUCAUUCUUCCCCUCCUGACCACGACAGUCCCACUGACCUGACCUCCACCCUGAGCAGCCCUGAAGCCUGGGACGACAGCCUGUCGACAGCCCCGGAAACAGGAGCACCUUUUGUCAGUCGCACAACCCAUGUACCAUCUGCCAACUUGGAUCACGCACAUCCCCAGACUAUAGUUCAUCUGGAAGGCUUCACAGAGCAAAGCAGUACCACAGACAACGAGCCCUCUUCAGAGCAGGGUAGCUGGGAAGAAAGUCAGGAGGGCCCGUUUUCCAGUGGCAAUGAAGUGCCAUACGAGGACUCCCAGUUAACUAGAGAAGACCUAAGCCAACUCGGUGACAAUAUUGAGGAGUUACAAGAAAAACCGGACCCACUUCCUGUAGCCUGUCAACUCCCACACAGCUCUAGUGGUGACAGCAUAAAGGGUCUCAGCCAUAGCCCCGGUGUGGUGAAGGAGCGCACUAAAGAAAUCGAGUCCCGAGCGAUUUGCCAGGGAGGGCUCACCAAACCAUCCCAAAUGAGGCAUUCAGCUUCCCUCGCCAAAUUAGGUUACUUGGACCUCUGUAAAGACUGUUUAUCGGAGAGAGAGACUCUCUCCUCUGAUCCCCCUCAUCUCAAGCUGCUUCAGCCCUUCAACAGAACGGACACAGGCAUGCACGCCAUGGAGGCCCAGGAGCCCUCAGAAAACCCAGAUGCCCCCCAGAACCUAGAACCCACCAAGUAUUUUAUAGAACAGCUCAAAACAACAGAGUGUAUCGCGCAGAGCAAGCCAGUGGAGAAGCCCAUCGUACAGUAUGCCAAAGAAUUUGGUUACAGUCAGCAGUGUUUGCUCCCCAGGGCAGGACCCGAAUUGACUAGUUCUGAAGGAGGCCUUCCUUUGCCACAACCCCAGGGACUGCAGCGUGCAGGCCCAGCUCCGGGGCUGGCUGUGGCGCCCCGUCAGCAGCACGGCCGAACUCACCCCCUUAGGAGACUUAAAAAAGCAAAUGAUAAAAAACGGACAACCAACCCCUUCUAUAAUACCAUGUGAUUCUGAGCCUACACGUGUGACUUUCUGAAAGAAAUGUUUGUAAAAGGGGCAGGUGUAAUAUGUAAGGAACAUGCACUUUAUGGGUUAAUUUUAUAAUAUUUUGGUCAUUUUACUGUUCCUGGCGCAUGCAGGGUUUGGGUUGGUUUUUCUCCCCCCUCUGUGUAUGUGUGCGUGAAAGAGGAAAAGAGAGA